AUACAAAGAAGCAGAAAUGGAUCAAUAACCAGACUGUGUACAUAUGCACAUGCUUAUAUAUGAGUGAUUGGCAUAACCGAAUAUAAUCAGUUGUCACUGCCCUUGUGAAUGUGUGUGCUUGUAUUUACGACUCAAUUUACAUCUGAAAAACAUGUGGUAUCUUCUGCUUUUAAGCAGUUUAUGUAUAGCGAACGCACAACUAAAACCGGAAGUGAUUAAAGCACCGUGUGAUGUACCGAACAGUGUUAACCGGGUGGUUGGUUGCAUGAUGAAUGGGAUUUGCCAGGUAUAUGGAACAAGAAUAGAAUCAGCUUCACGUUGCUUGCAAUACAUUUGUGAAGAAAGAGGAAAUGUGCGACGUGAAGUGACCGGAUGUUUUUACUCCGGUAGAUGUUAUCCCGCUGGUUCGAUAGUUCAAUUACCAGUCCGCUGUCAUAAACAAACCUGCAGGAAGACAUCAUAUGGUACAUAUUCCUGGGAAAAGAAAAACGUUGGAUGUUUUUACUCCGGUACAUGUUAUUUCCCUGGUUCGGUAGUUGCAACACCAGUCCCCUGUUAUAAUCAAAUCUGCACGGAGACAUCACGUGGUAAAUAUUCCUGGGAAAAGAUUAACGUUGGAUGUUUUUACUCCGGUACAUGUUAUCUCCCUGGUUCGGUAGUUGCAUCACCAGUCCCCUGUUAUAAUCAAAUCUGCACGGAGACAUCACGUGGUAAAUAUUCCUGGGAAAAGAAUAAAGCUGGAUGUCGUCUCUCUCAUGCAUGUUAUCGCGCUGGUUCGAGAGUUGAAGGAUCAAGACCCUGUUAUACUCGAAUUUGCAUGAAGAAACCAGAUGGUAGAUAUGAAUGGAAAGAUGAAUCUAUUGGAUGUCUUCACUCUCGUACAUGUUAUGCCCCUGGUUCGAGAGUUAACGGAUCAAGACCCUGUCAUACUCGAAUUUGCACGAAGAAAUCAGAUGGUAGAUAUGGCUGGAAAGAUGAAUUUUAUGGUUGCUAAUGUGAAAGCGUGGACGCACCAAUGUAUUCGGACCCAGGGAUAUGUAGGAAUCCAAAUAAUCAAAUUGCUAUUAGAUGUAAACUAUACAUAGGAUGCCUGAACGUGAAUAAAGACGAGGAUUGAAGUUGUGCCUAACUAUUUCGUACAUAGAGUUAUGAUAAUUAUUAUUGUGAACAAUGAAUUUAGCAGUUUCUUUAAAUGUUAGACUUAAUCAUUUUAUAUACAAUGACAAUCGCAAUAAUUUUCGUAGCAUGGUGUUAACUUCUUAAAGAGCCGUGCAUGAAAACAAUUGGGUCCGCUUUGCGGAGUUUUCAAAUGACCAAAGUGUGAGUGUACAAUGUUCAGUCAAUAACUGUAUAAGCGAAAGAUAACAAUAUAUCCAACCAAUUUAUUUCUGCAGAAAACAACACACCUACCUUGCUAUUUUUAUAUUUUUACAUGUAUGAAAAUAUUACCAAUGUUAAUGUGCUUAAUAAAUUAUGUUGAAAAUGAA